UACUCCACCUUCCGUUCCUCGCAUCAUAUAUCUUCCAGCCGCUCCAAAUCCACCAUUUAUGCUCUUCUUCUGGCACCCUUGUCCCCCAAUACUGGAGGGCAUUUAAAAAAUUUGUUUUUGCGCCUCUCUCUGUCUCGCAAACUCUCCGGCGUCUUUGGCUCUCCGCCCUCUCGUUUCCGGCUCUCCACCAUCGGCAUCUUCAGCUCUCCGCCCUCGGCUUCUCCGGCUCUCCACCAUCGGCAUCUCGGGCUCUCUGCCCUCGGCGUUUCCGACUCUCUGCUCUCAUCGUGUCCCUCUGUCUCGCAGCUUCUCCGGUUCCAAUUCUCCGCCCUCGGCUUCUCCGGCUCCCUGCCCAGAGGGCUUUCAUGUUCGAAGCCCCUCUCUCAGCAUAUCUGUGAGCUAUACUUUUCAAUAAAUCGUAUUUUUGGUUAGGAAAUUCAUUUUCCAAUGUCAGAAAUUAAUAGAUAUAUUGAUCAAUGACAAAGAAAAAUAGGUUGGGGAGGUUCGAACAAAAACAACAAACAUCUUGGAGGCACUAAGAAAAUGUUGCUGGUGUUUACCUUUAUUUUUGCUUGGAGGAAGUAUGGUGUUUAAUACUUGUGUGGAGAAAAUGAUGCCGAAAAGUUGAUUAGCUACUCCGAAGCAUGAACCUGAGAACUGAUGCUCUUGGUUAUCAAGAGAUUGUAAUAAAAGAACAGAAGAAGAAGAAAGGUCUCCCUGAGCUCGUCGGUCCGACGUCUCUGUAAUCGUCGACGAUGAAGCUCUCAUUUUCCCUCGCCUCAAAGCCCUCUUCAAACCUAAAGAAGCCAUCUCAGACCUUCGCCGGCAAUGACCCGAAAGCAUCGGCGUCCGCCGCCAAAGAGUAUGUGACCGAGUUUGAUGCUUCUAAAGCUCCGGCAGCAGCCGACUCUGUCGCCAAUUAUAUAAUCCCUCCGAAGGCCAACGAAUGGGAGCCUCGCAAACGGAUGAAGAAUAUCGACCUCCCUCCAAUCCGGUCGUCCGACGAUCAGCCGCUGCAAUUCGAGGUCGACACCGGCUCGUCUGUGGAGCCGUCGUCCGAUUCCGUGUCCUACGGUUUGAAUAUCCGCCAGUCUGCCGACGAUCCGAACACCGAUAAGUCAGAAAACCCUAACCCUAGCCCUAAUGUUGAUCCCAUGUUGCAUAGGCUGAAAGAGGAUCUGAUGAGACUGCCGGAUGAUAACGGUAUGGAUGAGUUUACUGAUAUGCCCGUGGAGGGCUUUGGAGCUGCUCUGCUCAAGGGUUAUGGUUGGAGUGAAGGCAGAGGCAUAGGCCGCAAUGCAAAAGAGGAUGUGAAAGUGAGAGAGUAUAAAAGAUGGUCUGCGAAGGAAGGGAUUGGAUUUACUGCUGAAUUGCCAAACGAUACUAAAGUGCAUAAGGUUGAUGGUGGAGAAAAGAGAGAUAAGAAAAUGAAUGCCAAUGGAAAGGAGGAAAGAGGGGAAAAGGAAGGGAAAGGAUUGUUUGUGGGCAAGAACAUAAGGAUAGUUGGAGGUAGGGAAAUUGGAAUGAAAGGAAAGGUUGUGGAGGUGAAGAGCGGUGGGAAUAUGGUUAUUAGGCUUUCCAGUGAUGACAGGGAAGUAAUUGUCCAAUCAUCUGAUGUUGCAGAGUUGGGUUCUGUAGAAGAGGAGAAGUGUAUGAGGAAGUUGAAGGAGUUGAAGAUUAAAGACAGCAAUAAAGAUUCAUCUAGUGUUAGACACCGUAGAGAAAGUAGAGAUGAAGUAACGAGGGAUAGGGAAAUUAGGGAGGAAAGAGCAAGGGACAGGAGAAAGGACAGCAAGCGUAGUAGAGAUGAGUCAAAUGCCAAGGGAGUUGAACAAAUUUCUUGGCUAACUAGUCAUAUAAGAGUUAGGGUUAUAAGUAAGGCGUUGAAAGGAGGAAAAUUAUAUUUGAAGAAAGGAGAAGUGGUGGAUGUGGUAGGGCCAUCAACUUGUGAUAUAUCAAUGGAUGAGAGCCGGGAGUUGAUUCAAGGUGUGAAUCAGGAUCAGCUUGAGACGGCACUCCCAAGGCGCGGUGGUCCUGUACUUGUUUUGUGUGGUAGGCAUAAGGGCGUGUAUGGAAGCCUUGUAGAGAGGGAUACAGAGAAGGAAACUGGUGUUGUCCGACAUGGUGAUACACACGAGUUACUCAAUGUGAGACUUGAGCAAAUUGCAGAAUAUACAGGAGAUCCUAGUUACAUCGGCUAUUGAAGAAUCCAUUCAAUUGUUGCUUGGCAUUGACUGGUUGGGGAUGCCACUUAAAUUGAAGGUAUCUUUGAGUUUUGUGCUUGCUUCAUUGACCUGUCAUAGCUUUCAAAGUUUGAAAUUAUAUUAUUUUUAUAUUGUAUUGCUGUUAUAUAGCUAGUUGAAGUUUUAUGGAUCCUUCCUUGUCUCGUUUAUGUUGUGAUUAUAAUAUGUUGUUUGCGCCAUGUUUCAUGAGAAAAUACAAAUUUCAGUGGAUGUUGAAGUAUGAA